AUGGCCGUAGUCGAGACCUCCGCCGACCACGUCGCCCCCGCCGCCUCCGACCACGGCGCCGCGCCGUACCGCGCCUCGUCGGAGGGGGGCGACGCGGGGGAGCGCGAGAUGCGGGAUCUGGAGGAGCUCCUCUCCAAGCUCAACCCCAUGGCGGAGGAGUUCGUCCCGCCUUCGCUCGCCGCGCACCCCAUGCCGCCGCCUCCCUACGCCGGCUACUACCCCAACGGCCCACCCGCUGCCGGCUUCGCGCCGGUCGCCUCGCCGGGCCACCGCGGGGUCGUCGGCUUCCCCGCCGCCGACGGCCGCGGCAGGAAGAAGUUCGGAGGGUACGGCGGCGGCUACCCCCACGGCGGCAAGCGGCGGGUCAACAGCCGCACCAGCCAGGCGCAGCGCGACGAGGUGAUCCGCCGGACGGUCUACGUCUCCGACAUCGAUCAUCAGGUCACCGAAGAGCAACUGGCAGCACUAUUUAUCAACGUAGGGCAGGUUGUGGACUGCCGCAUGUGUGGGGAUCCAAAUUCAGUUCUUCGUUUUGCUUUCAUAGAGUUUACUGAUGAGGAGGGUGCAAGGGCUGCUCUAAAUCUGUCAGGAACUGUGCUCGGAUAUUAUCCUGUGAGGGUUCUGCCAUCAAAAACUGCAAUUGCACCAGUCAAUCCAACGUUCCUGCCCAGGUCUGAUGAUGAGCGUGAGAUGUGUGCAAGGACCAUCUACUGCACAAACAUUGACAAGAAGGUCUCUCAGGCAGAUGUGAAACUGUUCUUCGAGUCAAUAUGUGGAGAGGUCUAUCGGCUGAGGUUGCUUGGGGACUACCAGCAUAAUACUCGCAUUGCCUUUGUGGAGUUUGUUAUGGCUGAAAGUGCUACAGCUGCUCUCAACUGCAGUGGUGUUAUACUGGGUUCCCUGCCAAUAAGGGUGAGUCCAUCUAAGACUCCCGUUCGUCCCCGUGCUCCUCGGCCAAUGAUGAACUAG